AUGGGCCUACUUUCGCUAGGGGCAUUAGCCCUUACAACAGCCCUCCUGGUCCAUCCUGCAGCGUCUCGAAGGAACUAUAUUGACGACUGUCCGCGGGCAUGCAGUCUCAGCGACACCCCCUUUGACUGGAUCAACUAUCACAGUACAGAAAGUCUGGCAGCAUGCAAAGAGCCCAUGCUCCUUGACCUGUCCCUGUACAACGCUCUCAACAAGACCGAUUCGUCAUGGACUAUGUUUGCUUGUACGCCUGACAAUGAUGCUGGUACGAAUAACGAGCGUCGCGCGGAGAAUCUCAAGUAUGAGGAGGCCAGUGUCUCACUUGAGCGCGUUAGCUGGGGCGCAUCCACCAAAGCAAGCAAAGAUACCGACGCCGUGAAGAGUAUCGUGAAGAGCAUGCAGACCUGGCUAGGCGGAUCCUCGAAACAAGACCAGUUUCAUGUUUUCGGACACUUUGGCAAAGUCACUGCUGGUCUUUAUAUUGGACCACGGUUUGACAGGGCCAAGACUGCUAAGACGAUUGUGGAGGGCAUGCUGGAUCAGCUCGAUAGCACCUCUCCGCUGGUAGCUUUACAACAUUGUGGCGAUGUUGGCGAGGACACUAUCGGAGUUGCAAUCUCCACGAACGGUGAUCUGAACAGUAUCCAGCGUUUGCUCCGACAGUGGCGCGAGGGAGAAUGUCCAUCUGACCACGACGAGAGCACAAACGUCGACGAUAUCUCUGUUGCGAAGGCGCCAUCCACCAUCGCCAUCUCAAGCGCGCACGGCCGAGGACCCAUCCUCCAAAACAGGGCCGAUAAAUGCGAGACGAAACAGGUCGAGCUUGGCGAAGACUGUCCCAAGAUGGCUGUGAAAUGCGGUAUCUCCGGCGACGACUUUACCAAGUAUAACAGCUACGAUAAGGAUCUCUGCUCGAGUCUGCGCGCGGGCCAGCACGUCUGCUGCACCAGCGGCGAUCUGCCUGAUUUCUCGCCUGAUCCGUUUAAGAAUGGGACGUGUUAUACGCACCGGGUGGAAACGGGGCAGGACUGUUCAUACCUCGCGGCUUCCCAUAGUCUCACGAAUAAGGAUCUUGAGGAGUUCAACGAGGAGACCUGGGGAUGGCGCGGGUGUGGGGACCUCCAGGCCAGUUUGAAUAUCUGUCUCAGUAAAGGAAAGCCUCCAUUUCCGGCCCCUAUCCCUGGUGCUAUCUGCGGGCCGCAGGCUGAGAAUGCGACGAUGCCGGAUGAUAGCUCGUCGUCUGAAUGGGCGCUUCUGAAUCCCUGUCCGUUGAAUGCCUGCUGCAAUCUGAAUGGGUGGUGUGGCAUCAACCCGGAGUUCUGCGAGUACAAAGACUCAGGCAAUCCGGGCACCGGCGUGUGUAUCAGCAACUGUGGAACGUCGGUGGUGAAUGAUGAUAUCCCGCCGGAUGAGUUUGCCAAUGUUGGAUAUUUCCUCGCGAGUAAUUUGAACCGAGACUGUCUGAACAUGAACGCCUAUUCGAUCCGUGCUUCCGAGUACACGCAUAUCCAGUUCGCGUUUGGGAAUAUCAAGGACGACUACUCGAUUGGUCUGAUGGAGGGCGAUGAAGAGCAGUUCGAGUACUUCAAGGGAAUGAAGUCCAUCAAGAGGGUUAUCUCCUUUGGCGGUUGGGACUUUAGCACAUUCCCCGAGACAUAUCACAUCUUCCGCGACGGUGUCAAAGAGGCAAACAGGGAGAAGUUCGCGAAGAACGUGGUCGACUUUGUGAAGAAACAUGAUCUUGACGGUGUCGACUUCGACUGGGAGUAUCCUGGCGCCCCUGAUAUUCCAGAUAUCCCAGCAGGCGAAGAGGAAGAAGGCGAGCGGUAUCUAGAGUUCUUAAAGGUCGUGCGAGAACAGCUGCCGGAUGGAAAAACUCUUUCUAUCGCUGCCCCCGCGUCGUUCUGGUAUCUGCAGGCCUUCCCUAUCGAUGAAAUUGCCGAACUCGUCGACUAUAUCGUGUACAUGACCUACGACCUCCGCGGGCAAUGGGACUACGAUAAUAACGACCCUCCUCUGGGCUGUCCGGACGGAAAUUGUCUCCGAUCGCAUGUCAAUUCAACCGAGACGCAGUAUGCCCUGGCAAUGAUCACCAAGGCACAGGUGCAGACCAAGAAGCUCAUGGUGGGAGUGAGCAGCUACGGCCGGUCCUUCGAGAUGGCAGAGCCAGGAUGCACGGGGCCUACUUGCAAGUAUACAGGAAACGGCGCUUCAAAAGGGCGCUGCACAGAUACCUCUGGAUAUCUGGCAAAUGCGGAGAUUAACGAGAUCCUGAAAAAUAAUGACAACUCGGCCCACUCAUACGAUGACAAGAGUGACUCGGAUAUCCUGGUCUACAACGACAACCAGUGGACCGCGUAUAUGACGGACGAAACCCGCAAUAGGAGACUGAGCAAGUACAGCGGAAUGAACAUGGGAGGAUCUGUCGAGUGGUCUAUUGACCUGCAAAAGUUCGUCCCGCCAAUGGCGCCUGGCCCUGGCAUUUUCCUCCCCCUGCCUGAGGAUAUGGAUAUCGAGGAGUUCUGUUCCGAGCCGGAUCUCGACAAGAUCACAGAGGCAGAGGCGAGCUCGCAGCGGAAUAUCUCUGCGUAUUUUGACUACUUCUUUGAUGUCCGGAGGGGCGGUGAUACAUCGAGCUGGACACAGGAACUCUUCGCCGGGAGCGAGACUGUCAGCUGCGACACAUUCCCCGACGGUCCCUGUGGAUUCCCUGACCCCGGCGAAUGUCACGGAUACGAACCUCCAUCUCUGUACUGGGCGCAGUUCGUGGUAGCCAACUACUUCGAUCACAUCUCCAAGUUCGGCACCAUGUUCCGGGACACCACGUUCAACGAGAGCCUCAACAUCGGCAGGCUGGUGGCGGAUUUCCCGAUCAAAACGCCGUCCGACGAUACGCAGUCGACGGUUUUUGCGAUCUUUGCUGGCGCUCUUGGUAUGGCUAGUGGGAUAGCCAGUGGCGUAGGAGCCGGUCUCCCAGGCAAUCCUGGCAGUGCGGUUUCAGCUGCUGGUGCUGCCCUGACUGGAUUCUCGGGGAUGUGGACUAUUCUCUCUGCUGCGGUGGAUGAUGCAGAGCCCCCUGAUGAGGAUGAUAUGGAGCGGGCGCUGAACAUACAGCUGGGGACUAUCUGGAACGCCGCGUACCGGGCUGGACAGAGCGGACUCAUUUCUCUGUUUGCGGACGGCGACUUGUCUGAUAUACCCAAGGAAUAUAAAGAGGGGGACUACGAGUAUGAGAUCUCGAACUUCUUCGACGGGCGGUGGCUGCAUCGACUCACGGGGAAGUUCGUGAGAGAUAUGCAGGAUGCGCUGUCGGAGAAUAUGAGGAAGAGCUUGGCCUCGUACGCACUGACUUUUGCCAAUUACUAUAUCGUGAAGGGUGGCUUCGAUGCCGAUGACUGCUCGGAUCAGACUGGGGGAAAGGUCAUCGACGAUGUCUGCUAUACCCUGGAAUACCCAGGCGACGGCAAGUCCUCUAUCAGACCCAAGCGCAGUGACUUCUCGAAGACGGUGUCGGAGGAUACGUUGGAAACGAUGACGGACACGUACUCGAUUGAUCUGGAGGAGCUAUACAAGAUAUCCGACAGUUGCCAGUCGAAGACGGAGGACUACGGGGGUGUCAUCGACUCGGAAACCUUCAAGCUCUUUUCAGAAGACGAAAAGCCAGACUGCUUCUACAGUCUUCCUGUUUUUGUCGCGGCCGAGGACGACGACGGUAGAGUCAGCUGGCGGACUCCCUGCUGGGCGAGAGUCCAGAAUAUGACUUCCGACGGUGAUGAUACGCCCAAGGUUGGCGAGACCUAUCUCCCUCCAAACCUGGACGAGAUCAUUGAUCAGGAGUUCUGCGUGCCUUGCAGUUCAGGCAAGCCUGGGUGCAGUAUUGGCUGA